UUCUUUCUGUCUGUAAUAUUUUUCACGUACGAGCACGCGAAUCAAGUGUCGUGAAAGCAGAAGUGCAAAAUCACCACGACCAUGCAUGAAGAGACUCGGGCAAUCCAUCAAAACCCUACUCACCAAUGGUCUCUACUCACAAGCCCUAAAAGCCUCCACAGCUCCCAUCCCCUACCUCAUUGACCAAACCUACGCUCUCUUUAUAAAGUCCGGCCAUCCCCUGGAUCCAUACCUCUCCGCCACUCUCAUCUCCCACUUCUCCAAACUCGGAGAUUUCUCACGAGCUACUAAUUUAUUUUCCGACACCCAGAACCCCGACACAGUCUCCUUCAAUGCUCUCAUUUCCGGUUUCGCCAGGUUUCGCCUACCCAAAUUAGUUUUCGAGCUAUUUGGCACGUUGAGACAUCUGGGUCUGAAACCUGACGUGUUUACUUUGAGCUCUUUGGUGAAAGCUUGUGAGAGGUUGGAGGAAAACGAAGCUGCCCAUGGAGUUUGUUUGAGAAUGGGGUUUGGCUCAGGCGCGUAUUUGGUGAGUGGGUUUAUUGAGAAUUAUGCAAGAGCUGGUGAUGUUGAAAAGGCCGAGAAGUGUUUUGGGGAGUGUUUGGAAGUCGAUAAUGUGGUUUGGACGGCGAUGGUCUGUGGGUAUGUGUGGAAUGGGGAGUUUGAAAAGGGUAAGGAGGUUUUUGUGGGGAUGAGGGGUUUGGCUAUGGAGCUGAAUGAGUUUUGCUUGACUGGGGUGCUUGGCGCAUUGUUUGAUGUCAGAGAAGGGGAGCAAGUUCAUGGGAUUGCUGUUAAGAUGGGUUUAUUAUUUGGCGCUUCGAUACAUUUGAACAACGCGAUUAUGAGCAUGUAUAGUAAACGUGGGAAUAAGGUGGCUGCUGUUAGGGUGUUUGAUGAAAUUGCUGAUCCAGAUGUUGUAUCUUGGACUGAGAGGAUAGGAGCUGCUUGUGAUGGUGUGGAAGCUUUGGAAUUGUUUCAAGAAUUGCACUCCGGAGAUUUGGAGUUGAAUGAGCAUACAAUGAUCAAUGUUUUGUCUGCCAUUGCUGGCCCAAGGCUCUUAAUUUUUGGUAGGCAAGUCCAAGCACUUUGCCACAAGGUGGGGUUUUUGCAGGUGAUUUGUGUUAGCAACGCAUUAGUAUCCAUGUAUGGGAAGUGUGGUCAAACGAAUGAUGCUAGGCGCACUUUUGAUGAUAUGCUUCUUCGGGAUUCUGUAUCUUGGAAUUCUAUUAUUAAUGUGUAUUCUGAAAAUGGAUUCAGUGGUGAGGCUUUCGAGGUGCUUUCUCAGAUGCGUGGUCUUUGGAUACAACCAAAUGAGUAUACUCUGGCUAGCAUUCUUGAAGUGGUUUCGAACUCAAAUUCUGUAGAGGAGGCAAUGCAAAUCCAUUCACAUUUGAUUAAAUGUGGCUUCAUGUCAGAUGAUUCCAUGGUGUCUUGCUUGAUAACAACAUACGGUAAAUGCAGUGGGAUUUCUGAAUCAAAAGAGGUGCUGUCUGAGAUUGAUGGUAUUAAUGUGGUACAUCUCAAGGCAAUGGCAGCUACCUAUGUUUAUGCUGGUUGUCAUGCCGAUGCUAUAAAAUUGUUCCACACCUCAAGAAGUUUGUACCUUAAUGUGGACAUCACAAUCUUCAGUAUUGUCCUUAAAGCUUGUGGUGCUAUGACAGAUUUGGUACAAGGAAAAGUGGUCCACUCUCUGUGUCUCAAAUUUGGAUUUGAUCAGGACAGCUUCAUUGAAAGCGCGGUUGUUGACAUGUACUGUAAGUGUGGAAGCAUAGGUGAUGCAGAGAAGGCUUUUGGGAUUACAUAUAAAGACAACUCGGCUGCUUGGAAUGCCAUGAUGAUGGGAUAUGCUCAACACGGCUGUUUUCAUGAAGUUUCCAGGCUUUUUAAUAAGAUGUACGAAUUUGGAAUAGAACCGGAUGAGAUAACUUUUCUUGCAGUUCUUACUUCAUGCUGUCAUGCUGGGCUGGUGAGAGAAGCACAUACGUACUUAAACUCUAUGUUUCAACUUCAUGGAUUAAUCCCACAUUUAGAACACUAUGCCUGUAUGGUUGACCUGCUUGGUCGAGUUGGACUCCUGGAAGAUGCAAAGAGGACAAUCGAUCAAAUGCCCAUUCACCCUGAUGCUCAAAUCUGGCAGAUUCUUCUAUCAGCUUGCAACAUCCACGGCAAUGUAGAUCUAGGGAAUGUUGCAGCCAGAAAACUUCUUGAGCUGCAGCCUGAGAAUGAAUCUGCCUAUCUUCUUCUAUCAAAUCUAUAUGCUUCUGCUGGUAUGUGGAAUGCCGUUGGGCAGAUGAGGAAAGAAAUGAAAGAAAAACUAGUUCGCAAAGAACCUGGUUCUAGUUGGAUUCAAGUUGGGGGAUCUGUGCAUUACCAUUUUGCUGGUGACACGUCACAUCCUGCGAGUAAAGAAAUAUAUACGGUGCUAAGAAGGCUGUAUCAGCACAUACUAGCAUUACCAAAACUAGAACAAAAAAAUGCUUUUCUACUGGAAAUAUGAAGCAUGCAAUGAAGAAUUCAUAUUUAUUUUUGCAGCAAGAAACUACCUGGGGGGGGUUUGUGUGUUUCCCGAGCUCAUCAUGUUUGGUUUCAGUGUCAUAUCAUCAGACUGUAUGACAACUGUCAUGCUUCCCUGUAAAGUUAUAUAAGUCAAUGCAUCAGCCAUACAAACACAAGCUGCUUUAUUUUCUUACAUGGUAUCACAGCCACAUGAGGUUCCUUCUUUCAUGGCUUCUUCUUCAACCUCCUCGAUCCCACUUGUGGCAGAAUUUUCUUCCUUGGAUCUAUUCUCCACAAAAACCAACCUACCCGACAUUUCCAUUAAAUUAGCCUCCACCAAUUAUCUUCUAUGGAAAGCACAGGUUGUCCUUGUACUACGUGGUCAUGGGUUGCUUGGGUACGUCAAUGGUGAGCUUCCCUCUCCUCCAGCAAUUAUCCUAGGUGAUAAUGGCGAUUCAACCUCCAACCCAGAAGCGCAUAAGUGGCUGUGUAUUGACCAACUGGUGCUUGGUUGGUUAAAUAGUUCUCUGUCCGAUGCUCCAUUGUCUCAAGUAAUCAAUUGUGAAACCUCUCGGGAUGCUUGGGAGGUUCUAGAGACUCUAUAUGGACGCCAUACCCGUGAUCGGGUUCAACAAGUGAAAGGAGAGCUUCAAUCUCUCAUCAAAGGUAACUCUUCAAUGGACGAUUAUCUUCACAAAGCCAAGUCUUUGGCACUGGCGCUCAGAGGUGCGGGCAAA